GCGAUGCAGCACUACGGGGUGAAUGGCUACUCGCUGCACGCCAUGAACUCACUCAGUGCCAUGUACAACCUGCACCAGCAGGCGGCCCAGCAGGCCCAGCACGCCCCCGACUACCGGCCAUCGGUGCAUGCGCUUACGCUGGCUGAGCGCCUGGCCGGCUGUACAUUUCAAGACAUCAUCUUGGAGGCCCGCUAUGGCUCACAGCAUCGCAAACAGCGCCGUAGCCGCACGGCGUUCACUGCCCAGCAGCUCGAGGCCCUGGAAAAGACCUUCCAGAAGACUCACUACCCAGAUGUGGUGAUGCGGGAGAGGCUGGCCAUGUGCACCAACCUGCCUGAGGCCCGGGUGCAGGUGUGGUUCAAGAACCGCAGGGCCAAGUUCAGGAAGAAGCAGCGCAGCCUGCAGAAAGAGCAGCUCCAGAAGCAGAAGGAGGCUGAGGGCUCCCAUGGGGAAAGCAAGGCUGAAGCCCCAACCCCAGACACCCAGCUGGAGACUGAUCAGCCCCCAAGCCUGCCCAGUGGUGACCCCCCUGCCGAGCUUCACCUGAGCCUGUCUGAGCAGUCGGCCAGCGAGUCAGCCCCUGAGGACCAGCCAGACCGGGAGGAGGAUCCCCGGGCAGGAAUCGAGGAUCCCAAAACUGAGAAGAGCCCUGGCGCUGAGAGCAAGGGGCUGGGCUGCAAGAGGGGCAGCCCCAAGGCAGAUUCCCCAGGCAGCCUGGCCCUGGCUCCUGCAGCACCCGGGGGUGGCCUCCUGGGCCCCUCCCACUCCUACUCGUCAUCCCCGCUGAGCCUCUUCCGUCUGCAGGAGCAAUUCCGCCAGCAUAUGGCAGCCACCAACAACCUAGUGCACUAUUCAUCCUUCGAAGUGGGGGGCCCGGCCCCUGCCGCCGCUGCUGCCGUCCCCUACCUGGGUGUCAACAUGGCCCCGCUGGGCUCGCUGCACUGCCAGUCCUACUACCAGUCCCUGUCGGCAGCCGCUGCUGCCCACCAGGGCGUGUGGGGGUCCCCGCUGCUGCCCGCGCCCCCGGCAGGCCUGGCACCUGCCUCUGCUGCCCUGAACAGUAAAACCACGAGCAUCGAGAACCUGCGGCUUCGGGCCAAGCAGCACGCAGCCUCUCUGGGACUCGAUACGCUGCCCAACUGACCGCUGGCCUCCAACCCAGCCAGGGGUCUUGGGUGCCCCCUCCCAGCCCCAGGGUUACCCCCAGACGGCUUGCAUGGAGUUAACUCUAUGAGCCCGGGGAUCCUGGGGCCAUGGAGUCCUGCCCCCAUCCCCCUCCCUGAGUCCCAGCCCCGGGUGAAGCCCACACUUGCACACCUUCUGCAUGGCCCUGCUUGGAUCCCACUGAGGCCGAAUCGGAGGAGGGGAGGCUGGGGCGCCCGCAGCCUCUGCAGGAGAGUGAGGCCCUCCGUGGCCAGAUCCUCCCCUCUGUACGGCCUCCUCCCUGCCCUCCCUACCUCCCCUUUGCCCCCUAGUAAGUCGAUGUGUGGAAUGUGAGGUAUAAAUAUAAAUAUAUAAAGCUAUAUUUUCAGGCCCCUGCCUGCCCCAGCCCCCCUGCCGUCCUUGCCUCCCCGUACAGCGUCCACAUCUCUCUCUGGCUUUCCUCUGUCUCUCUCUCUCCCCUCUCCUUCCCUGACCUGCUUCUGUCCUGUUUCCUACCCCUCUCUUCCCAGCCUCUGUCUUCCCCACUCUGGACCUUUGCCCACAUCUCUUCUCCCUGCUCCUGCUUUCUUUCUUUGGUCCUGGCUGUGUGAUGUUGUCAGUUCCCAGGCUAUGUUUUGUUUGGGAUUGUGACUUCUUAGUUGUAGUGAUUUUGCUUUUUCCUGUUCUUCCUCCUGCUUCUUCCCACCUGCCUGUCUCCUCCCUGCACUGCACCGGCCUCUCUAGGCUGCUGUUCCUCUCCAUCCCCAGUAGAGGUGGUAAGGCCCUAGCUGGAGACCCUUUUGCCACCGAAGCUGAGGGCAGGAGCUGGCAUUGGCCUCCUUAGCCGUCCUCCCUCAGACCUGUCAUCUAGAAGGGGUCACAAAUCACAUUCUCUUCUCUCUCUUUUCUCAGCUUUGAGGCCCCACCCAAGAUGGAGGAGGAGGGGAGUGGAGGCAGGAGUCAGUCUGAGGCAGGCAAUAGGAUGGCGGCAUCCCUGCCUGUAAGACCUCCAGGACAGAGGACGGCCGCCAGUGUUCAUCCAGGACUGACCACAGGGUUCUAGGUCUCUCUGGUGAGACUUCUCUGGUUGGGGGGAGGCAACAGGGGAGGGGGGCUCUCAGAGAGAGGUGUUUUCAGAGGAAUGGGGCAGAUUCUUUUCUCCCACUCCCUGGCCCCUAAGUCCUGCAGUUAGAGUCUGCUGCAGGGGUGCGUCUGAGCCAGGAAGAAAGGCUGAAACCUAACUCCUGAUCACAAUAAGUGCAAACCACACAGCAGUGCAUAGUCUCAGGCUUCUGUUGACAUGCCGUCCUGGAGCUAAUUGUUGAAAUCAGGGCUUCUGUCCAGCUAGUCACUGGCAUGGAAAAGUGGGUUCCUGUUUAUGUCCAGGAGCCCAGCUCAGCAAACUUCCCUUCAAAGCAGUGUGGCCUUGAGUCAGCCCGUAGCCUCUCUGGGCCUGUUUCCCCAUCUGGAUUAGAUGGUCUGUAACGUCCUGCCCAGCUGUAACAUCCUGCAUGUCUGGGCUCACAACCCUUGCAGGGUGGAAGUUUUUAGUUAAACUAACAACGACAACAACAACAAUAACAACAACAACAAAAAGGCUCUCAAAAGUACAGUGGAUGAAUUGGAAACUUACUGUUGCCUUGCUAUGGAGCAAUGAGUGUUGUACGUACAAGCCUUUGCAUGAGCAUGGCCACAGUUUCUGGGUCUCAGUUUCCCCAUAAAUAUAAUGGGUCCCUUCUAGUUGAGAAAAUGUGGAUUUGACCCUGAUUUCCUUGAGUCAUAGUGCCAGCUUUUGAGGUUGCCCCAUCUCCAUGCCUUUACAGGGUGUCAGGGACUCGGGGCAAGGGGAGGGGAACGGCUUGCACAGAUUCUGAGUCAUGAUCCUCAACCCUUUGUGGCUCACCACUGAACCCUCAACACUCUACUUACAGAAAUUGCAUCUGGAAACCAGGGUAAAGAUUCCUAAGGUGUGUCUCUUCUCCCAGUGGUAGGAGGCAGAGGCCCCUGUUGGGGCCAGGUAGGACUGGUUUGCAGAGCAGUAGAUGCCCAUCAUUCUUGGCGUUUGUGCGGGGAUGGUGUUUUUCUGAGCUGGGUCGGAUGGAGGAGGC